AUGCAACUGUGGUGCUCGCUGGACCAAUUUAAUGUUGCAAAACUUUACGUUUAAAGUUAUUAAACUUAAAAAAAAAAGGUAUAUACAUAUAAUUCUCUCACAGUAACAGUUAAAGUAUCAACACGAAAAUGAGUUUUUUUGUAUUAAGCUUCGUUUCCGUAUUAUUAAUACCAGCAACAGCAUCUACUCAACACGGCGAAUCUUCUCGUUAUACAAGAUGUACUAAAUCCGAGUGUGAUUCCAGUGGAGCAUUGUCAUAUUGCGGACCAAUUGAAAAACCAUGUAAUCCCAACCACGAAGACGCACCUGCAAGUAGCUGUAUAGAACCAAACAAAAGAUGUUGUCGCUCAAUUUGUAAUGGACCAAUGUCUCAUUGUCUUCAUAACAGUCGUGCAUGUUUACCAGGGUAUGAAGAAGCCGAAGGAAAAUGUUUAGUAGAUGGACAUAAAUGUUGCAAGCCCAUUUCUUGAAAUAUGUAGUUAAAGUUAAGUUAAUAAUAAUAAUAACAAUAAUAGUAAUAAAUUAAUUAUAAAAAAGCUAAA